GACGACUCGUAUUGCUUCCACAUUAGCGCUAUAAUGUAUCAGAUGUUACGGACGUUUUUACUACCAAAUGCUCGGUGCUGGGAUGCCGACAGUCAGCGUUCAUAUCAGGACCUAUUCGAGAGGCUUGAUACCAAUAAAGAUGGGAAGGUGGACGUUGCUGAAUUACGAGCGGGCCUUAAAGCGAUGGGGAUAUUCCGCCAGGGAGCUGCACAGAAAAUUGUGUCAUCUGGUGACCAAAACAAAGACGGGAGUCUUGACUUCAACGAGUUCUCCAAAUAUCUGAAAGAUCACGAGAAGAAGCUGCGGCUGACAUUCAAGAGUCUGGACAGAAACAAUGAUGGACGCAUUGAUGCCUCAGAGAUCCAGCAGUCCCUCGCAGAGCUGGGCAUGGAUGUCAACAGAGAGGAUGCACUGAAAAUAUUACAGAGCAUGGACAUUGAUGGGACCAUGAUGGUGGACUGGAACGAGUGGAGAGAACACUUCCUGUUACACCCAGCACAGAACCUGGAAGAGAUCAUACGCUACUGGAAACACUCCUCGGUGCUGGACAUAGGUGACAGUCUUGCCAUCCCAGAUGAAUUCACAGAAGAGGAGAAGAGCUCAGGCGGCUGGUGGAAGCAGCUUUCUGCAGGUGCAGUGGCAGGAGCCGUCUCUCGCACCGGUACUGCCCCUCUGGACAGAAUGAAAGUCUUCAUGCAGGUUCACUCCUCUAAGACAAACAGGAUAAGCCUGGUAGGCGGUUUCAAGCAGAUGAUCAUAGAGGGAGGUCUGACUUCUCUGUGGAGGGGGAACGGGAUCAAUGUUUUAAAGAUUGCACCUGAGACUGCAAUCAAAUUCAUGGCAUAUGAACAAUAUAAGAAGUUGUUAUCGUCAGAAGGCAAGAAGAUUGAGACACACAAGAGGUUUAUGGCUGGCUCUCUGGCUGGAGCAACAGCACAGACAGCCAUCUACCCAAUGGAGGUUUUAAAAACUAGACUCACCCUGAGGAAAACUGGCCAGUAUUCAGGAAUGUUUGAUUGUGCCAAGAAGAUCCUGAGGAAAGAGGGUGUAAAGGCUUUUUACAAAGGCUACGUUCCAAAUUUAGUGGGCAUCAUUCCCUAUGCUGGGAUAGACCUCGCUGUUUAUGAGAGUCUAAAGAAUGCCUGGUUGUCAUAUCACACCAAAGAUUCAGCUAACCCUGGAGUUCUGGUGUUGGUGGCCUGCGGGACCAUCUCUAGUACCUGUGGCCAGCUGGCCAGCUAUCCACUCGCACUUGUGCGCACACGGAUGCAGGCACAAGCGUCUCUGGAUGCGUCAGACCAGCCCUCCAUGACGAGUCUGGUGAAGAAGAUUGUAGCCAAAGAUGGCUUUUUCGGACUCUACCGGGGCAUCCUGCCAAACUUUAUGAAAGUCAUUCCUGCUGUCAGCAUCAGUUAUGUGGUUUACGAGUACAUGAAGACCGGCUUAGGAAUCUAAGCCAGAAAAUGAUGCUUCAAGUGAAUGAAAAACAAAGAAUAUUUAAUGACUAAUUGCCUGAAAUAACUCCUAAGAAAACAAACAGACACGAAACAUACAGAGCAUGACUUCCACCAGCUGACACAUAAGUUGGUACCCCGCUAAGGACCGUCUGUCAGUAGCUAAGGCGUUUAUCAGUUGUAGUGAGCAUGCUUUCAUUCUUGUCCUCUUAUCUUAAUUUUUCAUUUAUACAAUGUCUGGACACAAACAUACUACUGUACAUGGAUACAUGCAUAAAAAGUAGAAAAUAUAAUAGGACACAAUGGGUUGUUAAAGUCCUCCUACUGUAACUGUGAUCAAGCCAAAAUGGUAGCUCAAUGGGACUUACUGUUGUGCUUUUUAGUAACAAAAUAACUAUUUUCUUUAGAGAAAGGUGGAGCUUGUAGCUUCGUACAAGUUACUAGUCUUAUUGUGAGCAUGAGGAAUGAAAAAACAAUGCAAAGGGGUAAAUGUUAAGUCCACACACUUCAGAGGUAAUUCAACACUUUUCUUAGUUGUAAACACCUGAAAGUGACCUCAGCCCCAGUCAGCAGCUGUCAACUAAAAUUAACUGGUCCUGAAAAAAAUCAAUAACUUGUUAACACUGGAAUACUGCGUGCGUGUGAAGACACACACUUGUUGUGCAAUGUGAAAAUCACUAAUUCCACUUUCUGUGUUAUUUACAUGUGCCUUAUAGCCACUCGAUGUGAACUUUCUGACAUCAGCAGAUUUUUUGCUUUAUACACUGUAUUUAUGUACUUUAUACCUGUUCUCAGUUAUGGUUAUUUAUAGGUUUUGAUGAUGGUUACUACAAAGUAACACAUUGAAAUACUUCUGUCUUGUUAUUUGUCUUGUAUCAUAUCAUUUCAACACACCAAAACCUCCACCCCAAAAACACACACAUACACACUCACAACAGGAUGCUUUUAUGUUGAACAUUUUGUUACUUAUUCUUCCACAUGACCCUGCGAUGGGACAUCUUUAUCUUCCAUGUAAGAUGACAAUCUGCAUUUUAUCUAUCUAUCUUAAGUUAUAUUAAUAUGGGUGUUAAGAGACUAAAAACGGCCUUGAUUUCAUUGCUGUUAACCGGAACAUGUGGAAACUUCAUAUGAAGUUUAAAAAUGGUCUGUAAGGCUUUCUCAAGAACAAUAAUUCAGUGACAUUAAUUGAUAGUGGCGAUCAUUGGUUUGAAGAUCACUAAGGGAUGUGUUAACAGCUUCACCUAGUGUUUAAUAAAGAGAAAACACAUGGACCUUUUUCCAUGCAAACCUGAGAUUUUAUUUUCUGGUGUGUGUCAGUUCAUUUUAAAGUUUAGUGGGCAGAAAUAAAUGAUAGAGAUACUGUGACAAAGCAGACGAGAUACAGACACAGUGGACCAAUGAAAUGAUUUCAUCACCUUUGUAUUUUUGAUUUGCUUUGCU